AUCGCGGUGCCGGCAGCUGCGAGGCCCGAGAAGCACAUCCUGGGAAGGAAGAUGCAUUGCGGACCCCUGUGCCAAUUCCUGUGGCUUUGGCCCUGUCUGUGGUAUAUUGAAGCCAUGCCCAUCCAAAAAGUGCAAGAUGACACCAAAACCCUCAUCAAGACGAUUGUCACCAGGAUCAAUGACAUUUCACACACGCAGGCUGUCUCCUCCAAACAGAGGGUUGCUGGUCUAGACUUCAUUCCUGGGCUCAACCCGGUCCUGAGUCUGUCCGGGAUGGACCAGACGUUGGCCAUCUACCAACAGAUCCUCUCCAGUCUGCCUUCCAGAAGUGUGGUCCAAAUAUCUAACGACCUGGAGAACCUCCGGGACCUUCUCCACCUGCUGGCCUCCUCCAAGAGCUGCCCCUUGCCCCGGGCCAGGGGCCUGAAGGGCUUCGAGAGCCUGAGCAGUGUCCUAAAAGGUUCACUGUACUCCACAGAGGUGGUGGCCCUGAGCAGGCUGCAGGCAGUCCUCCAGGACAUGCUUCGGCAGCUGGACCUCAGCCCUGGGUGCUGAGGCCUCAAAGGCCUCUCUUCCCAAAGUCGAGGAGAGGCCCUGGGCUUCUGGGUGUCUCCAGGAGAGAGCCUGUGUGGGUGUCCUUUAUCUGGACCCCGGGCCAUUUCUCUCUCACACCUCGGCACCACUUUUCCAAAGGUAUAAGCCUCCAAGGCACGAAACCAAAGAUAGAAUACAUGAUUCCAUGCUCACCAGGAAGGGGGACCCACCCGGCAAACAGUGAACUGGAUCUGGGGUUCUCACGAGAGUCUUCCUUCCUGUGCCACCUCCCCGCUCACUGCAUGCUUCAGCGUGACCUGGGAUGAUUUCAGGAGGCACCCGCCAAGCCUUUGGACCAUCAAGUGAGGUUCUGUCUGAGAAUUCUGGGAGCACUGUGAAGGCUACAUCCACAUGGCUGCAAACUCCCAGCAACACAUUAUUUAUUAUGCCUUUCAUUCUGGAUGGACUGGAGGCAAGACAUCAGCUUUUCCAGGCUCUUUGGGGCUGGCCAGGGCCAGGGAUGCUCGUUUCCAAUCCCUUCGAUGGGCCUGGCUGAGGCAAACCCAUUUCUAGUGACUUGAGGGCUCUCGAGUUAGUUCUUUGGUAACUGGCUUUGUUUCCAUUGUGACAGAUGUGAAAUUACAGUGCUUGCAAUGGCAUUGCCGUGAGCGGAUCUCCAAGGACCAGGUUAUUUCAAAAAGAUGAAUUUUGUCAUCUGAGAUGUAUGGAUGUGUGCACCUAGAGGUGGGGAAUGUGUUAGCAGCAAGGGGAAGGAUCCAGAAUUUGUUUUCUGAAUUACGUUUGUGCAAUGGGCUCUUCGGAUGGGGGAGGGGGUCAUUUUCUCAUCUCUGCAACCACUUAGUGUGGUUUUCAUGAAAAGAUGACCCCUUCAGGGGGUUGUGGGGGGUUUUGCCAGCCACCCAAGGAGGGAGUGACGCUGAAGACUGCUUAUUGGGGCAGUUGUGAGCCCUGGCUCCUCCAGUUGCUGGAGAGAGGUCUUUCUUGUCAGGGAGUGAGGAUCCCUCUCUGGAGACGGCGAUCCCUAGAGCAGGGGUCCUUGGUAUGGACCUUGGAAUGGUCUGGGGAUGAUCCCACACUGGAUUUAUAAGCAGUAGCCCUACUUGGGAUGUGCCCGCCAAAUUGUGGUUCUCAUCUAACUGGCUCACCCAAAACAAGACCAUGUUUCCCACUCAUUUGGGGUGGAUUUUUAUUCCAGUGGGAAGGUCUGUGGGCUUUAGCGGAUGGAUGGUCCCAAGACCUGGGCCAGCACUGCUGAGUGCCAGACCGCCAGGCCAGGCCUCCAGGAGUGCCCUUCCCACUAGAGGCCAUGUUUGGGGAGAUGAACAAGGAGGCUUGGGUUUUCCACCAUCCUGCCACUCUGGUGAGGCCAUCACACUCUAGGUGGUGGAUCUGUCCAAGGAAAUUUGAAUCAAAGCUGUCAACUUUGAGACUGAGCACCUAUUUUGUGCUCAGCCCUGAUUGGUGCUAUGGGCUAGAGAAGCUCACCAAGUACACGUUAAAAUCCAGUCUAACCCUCAGGGACCUUGCAUUGUAGAUGGUCAAAACUCCACACACCAGCAUGCAAAGGCUGGCCUUUCCCCAUGGCAACGGGGCAGCCGAACCAGCCGAACCAGCAACCUCCUCAGCAGGCGGGAAAUGCUGAGCUGCGGGUGGCGGUGCUCAGGGGCCCACAGGCUAACCCUGCUUGCACUUGGUAGCAUUUUUGCUUUGCAGGGCACGGCAGCAUUUAUUACCGUGUAGCCACAUCCCUUUGAAGCAGCGUAGCUGACAGUUUAAAAAUGAGAACAUGACCUAAGACCGUAACAGCAGACAGGUCGCAGGGCCAAGACUAGAUUCAGGCCCUCUGACUCCCAGAGUGUCCCUGGACCCAGGUAAUGCUCCCCGGAGAUGCCAAUAGCGUUGGGCAGGGGAGACCAGGAAGGCUUGCUGGGAGAGAGGAGUUGGAAGUGAUUUUGCGGGAGGCGAGGGAUGUGAAUUGUCUGGAGGGAGGAGGCUGUUUUGUUGGUGCUGAGACACCGGGGUGAAGGUAUGUGCAGCCAGUUACAAAGAAAGACAAAGGAAAGACAGGAGGGAAAGGGACAUGCUGAAGAGGCCUUCAGUGGCAAAGAAGUUUGAUAUCGAAAGGGGUAAGAAUCGAAAGUUCUAGAACAGAGAGAUUCUGAGAUGGGCAGAGUCAGACCCGUUCUGGAGAAUAGGACCUAGGUAAUCAUUACCACCCAGUCAGGCUGGGAUCUUUUAAGCCUUUCACUCACCAAAACCUGGCACCACGGCUCAUUCUCAGAGUGUGAAAGUUCUAAAAUGUAAACGAUUGUCUUUUUUUUGUAACUUAAAAAAAAUUUGUUUGUUGUUAAAAAAAAAUCCAAAUAAAUUAACUUUGCCCCUUGG